AUGGUGGAGCCAGGACAAGAUCUGUUGCUUGCUGCUUUGAGUGAGAGUGGAAUCAGUCCAAAUGAUCUGUUUGAUAUUGACUCUUCGGAUGUGGUUCUUGCAAACCCAGCACCAGCUCCAGCUGUUCAGCAGUCAGUGCCACUUAGUGCAUUAGAACUAGGCUUGGAGACUGAGGCCACAGCUGCUGUGAAACAAGAGCCAGAGACUGUAUCAACUCCAGCCUUAUUAAAUGUUCGGCAACCACCAUCCACCACAACCUUUGUGCUGAAUCAAAUAAAUCAGCUUCCAACCUUGGGGACGACCAUAGUGAUGACAAAAACCACCCCUGUGACGACGACAAGGCAGACGAUCACCGUGGCGAAAAUCAUUCAGACCAGCACGAGCACUCGGCCCUCGGCUGCAGCCCCGGCCGUGCGCAACGCCCUCACCACUGCACCUUCCAAGGACCAGAUCCAGCUGAAGGAUCUGCUGAAGAACAAUAGUCUUAAUGAACUCAUGAAAUUGAAGCCACCUCCUAAUAUUGCCCAACCGGUAGCAACAGCAGCAACUGAUAUAAGCAAUGGUGCAGUGAAGAAGGAGGCUUCCACAAAAGAAGUAGCAAGAAUAUGGAUAAAUGAUAUUAAAAUGAGAAGUUUUUCACCUACUAUGAAAGUGCCAGCAGUGAAAGAAGAGGAGGAACCUGAGGAAGAAGAUGAAGAAGAAAUGGGCCAUGCAGAAACUUACGCUGAGUAUAUGCCAAUAAAAUUAAAAAUUGGUCUACGUCAUCCUGACCCAGUAGUGGAAACCAGCUCAUUAUCCAGUGUAACUCCUCCUGAUGUGUGGUACCAGACAUCAAUAUCAGAAGAAACCAUUGAUAGUGGCUGGUUGUCAGCUCUGCAACUCGAAGCAAUCACUUAUGCAGCCCAGCAACAUGAAACAUUCCUGCCCAAUGGAGACAGAGCUGGAUUCUUAAUAGGUGAUGGUGCUGGUGUAGGAAAAGGAAGGACCAUAGCUGGAAUAAUCUAUGAAAAUUACUUGUUAGGCAGAAAAAGAGCAGUCUGGUUUAGUGUGUCAAAUGAUCUGAAAUACGAUGCUGAAAGAGAUUUGAGAGAUAUUGGAGCAAAAAACAUAUUGGUUCAUUCAUUAAACAAGUUCAAGUAUGGAAAAAUUUCUUCCAAACAUAAUGGCAGUGUGAAGAAAGGUGUCAUCUUUGCUACCUAUUCUUCUCUUAUUGGUGAAAGUCAGUCUGGUGGGAAAUACAAAACCAGAUUAAAGCAGCUUCUUCACUGGUGUGGUGAAGACUUUGAUGGAGUUAUUGUAUUUGAUGAGUGUCAUAAAGCUAAGAAUCUGUGUCCUGUUGGUUCAUCAAAACCAACAAAAACAGGUCUGGCUGUACUAGAACUUCAGAAUAAACUUCCAAAAGCCAGGGUUGUUUAUGCUAGUGCCACAGGUGCAUCUGAGCCAAGAAACAUGGCGUAUAUGAACCGUCUUGGAAUAUGGGGUGAAGGAACUCCCUUCAGGGAAUUCAGUGAUUUUAUUCAAGCUGUUGAAAGGAGAGGUGUUGGUGCCAUGGAAAUAGUUGCUAUGGAUAUGAAGCUGAGAGGAAUGUACAUAGCAAGACAGCUGAGUUUUUCAGGUGUAACUUUCAAAAUCGAUGAAGUUCUGCUUUCACAGGAGUAUGUUAAGAUGUACAAUAAAUCCGUGAAACUGUGGGUGAGUGCUAGAGAGAGAUUCCAGCAAGCAGCCGACCUUAUUGAUGCAGAACAACGAAUGAAGAAGUCUAUGUGGGGUCAGUUUUGGUCAGCUCAUCAGAGGUUUUUCAAGUACCUUUGCAUAGCAUCUAAAGUGAAGAGGGUGGUGCAGCUGGCUCGGGAAGAAAUCAAGAACGGGAAA